UCUACUCAGGCCGAUUACCUUCUUUUGUUUUUACGAGUUCUGGCCUAACUGGUGGCUGGGCACUUCUGCCGUGUUAACCAGCAAAUGGAGCAAGUGGGAUGUCUCGCUGUCUCUUCCUUCUCUGGUCAAGAUGGCUGUAAACAUUAAACGGAGGAUAGAGAAUGAAAUAGGCCUUAAAUUAAGUUCCUAAUAAUAAAAACCGUCCACCAUCGCCCAGUGUGUUUACUUGUGACAUUACGAAUAGCUGAAGUUGUGUCCAGCUUGGGGAGGAAGUAUACGUUGGUACAGUUAUACCCAAGAUCACCAACAACUGAGGGAUAAAGUCUCGUAUGAAUUCCGACGAGAAAGAGGACUGUGAGUGUGCGCCACCACAGGCCGAAACAUCCCCUGUAGGAGGAUACGACAGAAUACACGAGGAGUCUGACAUAGAAAACACCGAAGCAAGCCGAAUGAAGCGAGCAGCUGCCAAACAUCUAAUAGAGCGCUACUACCACCAGUUAACAGAGGGCUGUGGAAAUGACUCCUGCUCAAAUGCGUGGUGUGCCUCGUCCCAAGGCUUCCACCGCUUGGACAACAACGCAGCCGCUGUCAAGGCCCUGGAGUUGUACAAGAUCAAUGCCAAACUGUGCGAUCCACACCCCUCCAAGAAAGGCACCACAAUGAACCACAAGGACAUGCAUUCUGUAAGGGAUGACUUCAAAGAUGUAAAUUACUUAACUGAAGAGAAAGUGUAUGAGAUCCUGGACAUCUGUGGUGAAAAGAAGGACUACUCCCCUCUGAUACGGGUUAUAGGACGGGUGUUCUCUAGUGCAGAGGGUCUGGUGCAGAGCUUCCGCCGGUCCAAACCACAUACCAAGGAAGAGCUGAAGUCCCUUCAGGGCAAGGACGAGGACAAAGACGAGGACGAGAAGGAGGCUGCCACCUCCUCCGCCUCGGCGAUGGAGGAGGACUCUCCUGGCUCCUCGUCCCGGUUAGAUGGCGCCUCCUCCGGGGACAACGACGUGGGCAAGUUGGGCCCCGACGAGGUAUCCGUGGACAUCGACGCCGUCAGAAGGGUCUACCGGAGACUGCUGUCCAACGAGAACAUUGAAGCUGCCUUCCUCAACGCGCUGGUUUACCUGUCGCCCAACGUGGAAUGUGACCUGACGUACCACAAUGUCUACUCCCGGGACCCCAACUACCUGAACUUGUUUGUGGUGGUGAUGGAGAACAGUAACCUCCACAGCCCAGAGUACCUGGAGAUCGCCCUUCCCCAAUUCUGCAAAGCCAUGAGCAAGUUGCCCCUCUCUGCGCUCGCUAAGCUGGCCCGCCUCUGGUCGCACUACAGUGCUGAGCAGAUCCGGCGCAUGAUGGAGACCUUCCAGCAGCUUAUCACCUACAAGGUGAUCAGCAACGAGUUCAACAGCCGCAACCUGGUGAAUGAUGACGACGCAGUGGUUGCUGCUACCAAGUGCUUGAAGAUUGUCUACUAUGCAAAUGUGCUGGGAGGGGACGUGGACAAAGAGCACAAUGAGGAGGAGGACGAGGAGCCCAUCCCCGAGUCCAGCGAGCUCACCCUGCAGGAGCUGCUGGGGGAGGAGAGGAGAAACAAAAAAGGCCCCCGCGUGGACCCCCUGGAGACGGAGCUGACCGUCCGGACGUCUGACUGCCGCCGGCCCCUCAUCCCCUUUGAGGAGUUUGUCAACGAGCCCCUGAACGAGGUCCUAGAGAUGGAUAAGGAUUAUACGUUCUUCAAAGUGGAGACCGAGAACAAGUUCUCCUUCAUGACGUGUCCGUUCAUACUGAACGCCGUGACGAAGAACCUGGGCCUGUACUACGACAAUCGCAUCCGUAUGUACAGCGAGCGACGCAUCACCGUGCUCUACAGCCUGGUGCAGGGUCAGCAGCUGAACCCGUACCUGCGGCUCAAAGUACGCCGGGACCACAUCAUCGACGACGCCCUCGUCAGGCUUGAGAUGAUCGCCAUGGAGAAUCCAGCGGACUUAAAGAAGCAGCUGUAUGUGGAGUUUGAAGGAGAGCAAGGCGUGGACGAAGGCGGAGUUUCCAAGGAGUUCUUUCAGCUCGUUGUGGAAGAGAUCUUCAACCCAGAUAUUGGAAUGUUUGCGUACGACGAGCACACCAAGAUGUUCUGGUUUAACCCAUCCUCGUUUGAGAAUGAAGGUCAGUUCACACUGAUCGGGAUUGUCCUGGGCCUAGCUAUCUACAACAACUGCAUUCUGGACAUUCACUUUCCCAUGGUGGUCUACAGAAAGCUCAUGGGCAAGAAAGGAACCUUCCGGGAUCUUGCAGACUCCAAUCCGGUUCUAUACCAGAGUCUGAAAGAGCUGCUAGAGUAUGAGGGCAGUGUGGAGGAGGACAUGAUGAUCACGUUCCAGAUCUCCCAGACAGACCUUUUCGGAAACCCUCUAAUGUACGACUUGAGGGAAAAUGGGGAUACAAUUCCAGUUACCAACGAGAACAGAAAAGAGUUUGUUGCUCAGUAUGCAGACUACAUGCUAAAUAAGAGCGUGGAGAAGCAGUUCAAAGCAUUCAGGAGAGGUUUUCACAUGGUUACCAACGAGUCACCACUGAAAUAUUUAUUUCGGCCAGAGGAAAUUGAGCUGUUAAUAUGUGGAAGCAGGAACCUAGACUUUCAAGCACUUGAAGAAACAACAGAAUAUGAUGGCGGCUACAGCAGAGAUUCGCGAAUCAUAAAGGAGUUCUGGGAGACGUUGCACUCGUUUGCUGAAGAGCAGAAGAGGCUGUUCCUGCAAUUCACCACAGGCACAGACAGGGCCCCUGUCGGAGGCCUGGGCAAGCUCAAGAUGAUCAUUGCCAAAAAUGGCCCUGACACAGACAGGUUACCCACAUCUCACACCUGCUUCAAUGUUCUGCUGCUGCCUGAGUACAACACCAAGGAGAAGCUGAGAGAGAGACUGCUCAAAGCCAUCCUCUAUGCCAAAGGGUUUGGCAUGCUCUAGUCUGAGGCCCUGGCACUGCAAAAGGACACCUUUUCAGAAUAUCCACCUUCCUCGUUCCCCUGAUAUCAGAAAAUAAACACAAGAUGACCAACCAACACAACAUUUUUGGAGAUUUAAGAUGAGGACAACUGUAAGACACCAUGGUUCGUAUAAAGGUUGAGCAUUCUAGUAGUCCAGUUUGUCCGGUGCCUGCAUCCCAAUCACUUGGAUCAGCUUCAUGGAACUUCAUGUCAUCAAACUUAGGUUCCCUUCCCGGCAUUUUGUGAAUGUGUUCUGAACACACACCUUUUUCUUUUUUUCCCAUUGUUUUUAUGUACAGAGGAUUUUUUCCUUACUAUUUAUUUUAAGGUUGAAAUCAGUUAUUUCAGUUAUUCUUUUGGUGGGAAAGGGGGACGGCUGGGAUUAUUUCAUAUAAUGGAUUGGGGGAGUGAAAAUAAACCCCAGCCUUUUUGCCAUGUGUAAAGAAACAAAAGGCUGCAUUUGUAUGUGUAUUGCAGUCCUCAGCUCUGUGAAUUUGAAACCUUGACUGGUUUUAUCCCUGUUGUCGAAGCUGGUUGUAGGUAAAUGGUAAACUGUGUGCAGAACUUAAAUCUUCCUGAAAAUUAAGCAAAUGGGUAAGAUCUAAAGUCCUUCCAAAAUGUUUGCCCUCUAUAACCAGACUUAUUUUCCUAUGGUUGUGUCUCGAAAUAAUUCCAUUCAGCCAUCUUCAGAAAAAUGAUAAAUGCAUGUUUACCAUUAGCAUCUGCUUCCCGAAUAACAUCGUCCUUAUACACUGUACUACUGGGCCUUGUAGGCUGCCAGUGCAGCCAGAGUUAUUGUCACCAAUGGUAACACAGAGUAAAGACUGAAACCUCGUCAGAGCUUUUGUAAGUGCACUUAGACAUUUUCAGAAUGUUUUUUUUUUUUUUGGUUCUUUUGUUGGUUGUAAGUUGACGUUGUGCUCAAUCCAUUUCGUCUAGUCUUCCCAUGUUGCCCUUGUCUAACCAGUAUUUUAUUUCUCAGUUUACAUGAACAGAAUAGCGUUUUUAUGUAUAUCUGGAUGACUCCAGAUGUAGAACAGCAAUCCCAAAUGUAUCCCAGGUUUAGCUAGAGACCUUUUCUUUAGAACCCAGGCUUGUGCGCUAAAUACAUUUUUGGGGGAUUUUGUCAUUUACCAGGGGUUACUGAGAAAGUGUUGGCCUCUAGUGAUUGAUGACAUUUAUCUGUUUGAGAAAAAUGUCAAAAGCAACUUAAUGACCGAUCAUUUUUUCCUUAUUAGUACAUCAAGUCAAAUGUGGAGUAUCUCAUCUCUGGCACGGUCAAGUUAUUUCUAUUUUAUGUUUUGGUAUUUGUCCAAUUCAUUAGGGAUGUAAUCACUGCUUAGGGAAGUUGAUGAGGCCUGAUGCUGUCUGUCAUUCAAUUAGUUGGGAUGUAUUCUGUCAGUCAGCUCAGCUCCUAUUAAUACCACUAAACCAUGGUGCUCAGGGCUGCUGGUGAAGAGCCUGCCCCCACCAACACAUCAGUCCUUGAGCCUCCAGCCUUCCUCCACCAUUGCUUCUUCUGGGUUUUUGCAGUCCCUUGUUUCUUUGAACCUUUUAUUUUGUACUGCUGAAGAUGCUGCUCACGUGAACGUGUAAAAGGACUCUAGGGCCCAGUGAAUGGAAAAUGUGACAGUUAUCCUGACGAUCUUGGAAGGAAGGCAGUUUGUCGGUUGUUUGGGAAUUGAAAGGUAUGUUUUAAAAUAAUUAAAUUGAUAAAAGGCAUAAAAGAAUCAAGUGUUGUGAAAACAUGCUAAAUAAAAGUGACUGCUUUUUUUC